GCCUUGCUCUGUUUUUAGCAUAUUUGCUCUGUGCAUCCACGUUCUCGCAACCUCAUGCUCUGGAGUUGGCCGCACAUUCGUUUCCCUCGGCGACUCUGACUCUUUCCAUUCUUUUACAAGCAUCGCUAGACGUCAGCAUAAUUAGAAAUUUGCCUAUUCUGAUUGCCUUUCGUUUUCUUUUCCCACUUAUGCGCUUUCGUCUGUGAAGUUGACAUGAUAGCCCAACAUGGAUUACUUUGAGUACUCGGCGCUGUCUAAGGCGCCCAACGACAGUCGCAUUCAAAAAGACACUGUAUCAUGGUGCUGGAAAGUCCCAGCCUUCAUAUCUCCGUGGUUGAUAUUAGCAGGUUAUUUCGCAGCACCUCUGGCGCUCGAGAGAGGGGACGAUAGACCGCGAGUCAACCGGACAGCACUAAUCAUACUGGGCUCUACCUUGGUAGUCUCGGGAUAUGUCGUUUCCAUGGUCCUAUGCUUUAAGCUGCGUCGCCGUUUCCUCCUUGAAUCACUCUUCUUACCAUGCUUCGCUUCCAGUCUACUGAGCGCACUAAACGUCGUCUUCAACGUUCUCAGCCGCGACCUGCUCCCCUUAGAUUCUUUGGCCACUCUGGUCAUAGGCGUCUCAUCUAUAUCUACGGUUAUAUACAGUUUUGCCGCAAUAAUCACGUAUUGGAAAGUGAUCUCCAGCCAACGGCCUGCCCGGAAUACGUCCUCCCCUGAUGAUAGUGCGGCCUUCGUCAGCGAAGACGAAAUGCAACGGAGACAGCUUUUGAAGCUUCUAGCGAAUAACUCGGACGCCGCCAACCCGAACCUGGUACGGAGUACCUUCCGUAUCGACCUUCCGGAGAAUAUAAAUCCGUUCAGGGGCCGAGAGCAGGAUCGAUACCUUGUCGUGCCGGAGAGUGCGCACGAGAAAUACAAGAACUAGGGUUUCCAGAACAGAAUUCACUGGAUAGCUGAAAAUAUAGCAUCAUCACUCUAUUAUCUGAUCUGAGCACUUAAAGGGGACAGAGAGGGCAAAGGUUGUCGCUAGCUUCCUGAGGUGCAUGGCCCGAAGGCCUAUUCGUUGGAUAUUCGACUUAAUUGGCAUCAGACCACGAC